GUGAACACGUGCGUGCCGUACCCGUGCCGGGGGACCAACUGCGUGGGCGGCAUCGCCAGGGUGGCCACCGCGAUGGACCGGCUGCGAAGGCAGCACCCGGACUCGCUCGUGCUCAACGCGGGAGACAACUUCCAGGGCUCGCUGUACUACUUCGUCCACCGACACGCCAUCAUGUCCUUCUUCCUCAACAGGCUGCGCUUCGACGCCAUGGCCCUGGGUAACCACGAGUUCGACCAGGGCGUGCACAACGUCAAGGAGUUCCUGCGCCGGCUGUCCUUCCCGGCGCUGGCCGCCAACAUCAACGCCUCGGCCGACCCGCAGCUCGCUGACCUCGUCAAGCCCUCCAUCGUGGUGACGCGCGGCGGCCGGCGCAUCGGCGUCGUCGGCUACAUGCUCAACAACACGCACGACAUCUCGGACACUGGGGGAGUGCGCUGGACGGGCGAGGUGGAGGCCGUGGACCGCGAGGCGGAGCGGCUCAAGGCCUCCGGCGUGGACAUCAUCGUGUGCGUGUCGCACGACGGCCUCGCCGGCGACCUGCGCGUCGCGAGGAACAGCAAGCACGUCGACCUGAUCGUGGGCGGCCACUCGCACACGCUGCUCUACUCGGGCACCCCGCCGACGGACGACCGCGUGUUCGGCGACUACCCCGUGGUGGCGGUGACGCAGCCCGAGAGCGGACGGCGGGUGCUCGUCGUGCAGGCCAUGGCGGCCUCCAAGUACCUGGGCCACAUCAUGGUCACGUUCGACCGGGACGGCGAGGUGGUGGGCUGGGAGGGCCGGCCGCUGCUGCUGGACCAGUCGGUGCCCGAGGACGCGCGCACCCUCACGAUGCUCGGCUUCUGGAGGCCCGCCGUCAUGCUGCGUGGCCGGCGCCGCGUCGGCCACCUGGACGAGCGGCUCUCGCAGGACGACUUCGAGUGCCUCACGGGCGAGUGCAGCAUCGGCAACGUCGUGGCCGACGCUUUUGUUGACCACUGGCGCAAGACCGCGUCGCCGCCGGCUACCGUGGGCGCCGCCGUGGGCUGGUCCAUGGUCGCCAACCUGGAGAAGGGGGACGUGACCUUCGAGGACGUGUUCAACGUGCUGCCCUACGAGUACACGACGGACCUGUUCCGCGUGUCUGGCGCCGGGCUGCUCGAGGUGCUCGAGUCGUCGGCCGCGGGCGAGGGCCUGUUCCAGUGGUCGGGGCUCGACGUCACCCUGGACCUGUCUCGGCCGCCGGGGCAGCGCGUGGUGCGCGCGCGCGUGCGCACCGACCUGGAGCAGCGCCGCGGCGAGUACCCCGACCUGGACCCCGCCGCCGAGUACGUCGUGACGGCGCAGUCCGUGGCGCUGAGCGGCGGCUACGCCAACCCCCAGCUCAGGAGCAACCACCACAACAGGACGAAGGGGCCGCCGGACCACGAGGUGCUCGCCACGUAUCUCAGCGAGCACAUGAACCUGGCGCAGGAAAAGCUGGAGGGCAGGGUGACCAUGGUGGGCGGGCGCGCGCACCCGCACCGCUUCUCGGGCCUCAGCAACAGCGUCAAGCGCUAGCCCUGCCCCCCUCGUGCGACACGAGAACGCCUAGCUGAAAAUGAUAUGCCAAAGAAACUGUGUGUCCGUUUAUGUUGAUGGGCAGUUUCAGCGAGUACGUCACGCCGUCGCGUGUUCACUAAAAACUGUAAACAAAAAACUGCUGGAUUUU